CAUCGCUCCCCUCCUCCUCCUCUUCCUCCUCCUCCGCCGCCGCCGCCGCCGCCAUCCGCCGUGCGUGCUGCGCAGUAGAGAUUACGGUGAGGUGAGGAAGACGGCGAGUUCGCGACGAGAGGCCGCUGAGAUGACGGUGGACGUGCAGCUGCCGCCGGGGUUCAGGUUCCACCCGACGGACGAGGAGCUGGUGAUGCACUACCUCGUCCGCCGCUGCGCCUCGCAGCCCAUCGCCGUCCCCAUCGUCGCCGAGGUCGACCUCUACAAAUACAACCCCUGGGACCUCCCCGGGCUGGCGCGGUACGGGGAGAAGGAGUGGUACUUCUUCUCGCCGCGGGACCGGAAGUACCCGAACGGGUCGAGGCCGAACCGGGCGGCGGGGACGGGUUACUGGAAGGCGACGGGGGCCGACAAGCCGAUCGGCGGCGGGGGCCCGAAGGCGGUCGGGAUCAAGAAGGCCCUGGUGUUCUACGCGGGGAAGGCCCCCCGGGGGGACAAGACCAACUGGAUCAUGCACGAGUACCGCCUCGCCGACGUCGACAGAACCGCCCGCAAGAAGAACAGCUUGAGGCUUGAUGACUGGGUGCUGUGCCGCAUAUACAACAAGAAGGGCACCAUCGAGAAGAAGCCGACCCACGUGCAGCCGCCGCAGCCGCCGGCGGUUCCGCAGUCCGUGGGCCCCGCCGCGGCGGCGGCCAACAGCUUCACGGAGCAAGAGGACAGGAAGCCGCCGGUCCUGACGGGCCGUGCUGCGGCGAUGCCGACGCUGCCCCUGCCCCCUCCGCCACCCUCGGGCGCCGCGCUGAACGACCUGGUGCACUUCGACUCGUCGGACUCGGUGCCGAGGCUGCACACGGACUCGAGCUGCUCCGAGCACAUGGUGACGACGGAGCUCGCGUGCGAGGUCCAGAGCGAGCCCCGGUGGAAGACCGGCUGGGAGAGCGUGUUCGACUUCGGCUACGGGGACUCCGCCGGCGGCGGCAGCCAGAUGUCGCCGCUGCAGGACAUGUUCAUGUACCUGCACAAGCCGUUUUGAAUCUCGGGGCCGCUGGCGUAACCCGACCCGAGCCGGAUUGGGCAGAGCGCGCGCGCGCGGCGGCAGCACGAGACCCGCGAGUCCAUGAGUGCGCUGGUGCGGGCACCGUGUCCGGGAGAGAUGAUUAGUUCGACCGGACGGCGAUGUUUGGGACUUGGAUUGUAGCACGGAUUAGUCGUGACCUUGGGUACAUCAUCUGUAUAUAUUGCAUGUUUCGUGUGGUGUAUACAGAAUCAUUAGUUUACAAAUGAAAGUUGGAAUUGUCAUCCGCUCCGA